AUGGCAUCACAAAAGAAACUUCAAAAUUUGUAAACAAACAACAUCGUUUUCAUAUAAAUUUCUCGUAACAUUUCAUUCGUUUUUAUCACAUUCUUCCAAACGGAAUAAAAUAAAUGAAGAGCUGGUGACGAGGUAGCAAAAAUAAAACAAAAAAUUGUGGAGUUUGAAGACGUGUUAAUAAGAAUUUGUGAAGCACCCAGAAUUUGAAAAGGCGAAGUUUAUAAAAAUGUCAUCUCGCGCACUUAAGAAAUUGCAAGGUGGCAUAGACAAGGAUUUAAUGAUCGAUGGCAAAGAUAGCAACGAUGAUGAGCAACUAAGUGAGGACGAUGAUGAAUUGGUAACAACACGGGGCAAGCAUUUGAAUCCCUUUGAUCUGUUGAAUCAACAAAGUCUCUCAGAGAGCGAAGUUAAGGAGGAUGAUAACGAAACGGAGCAUGCUUCAACGGCGGCAAAUCUACCCAGUGGUGCAGGUGGUGGCGGAGCAGCCAAACAAAAGAAGAAGAAGAAGCGCAAGAAGAAGACAAAGUACACCGGCAAUCACAUAAGCAGUGAGGAUAACGAGCUUACAGAUAAAUACUUAAGCGAUAUUGAUUCUCUUAUUGGGAAAGUACAUGAUGCCACAAACCAAAAUCAAAAGUUGCCACCUCCUAGUAUAGAGAUCGAUAAUUCCUUACUGAGAGUGGAACUAAGACACUUGAGUCCACAAAAUGAAAUGCGUCGAACUUUUGGUAAACAAGUUGUCAAAAUUGAGAAUAAACGUGGCCGCCAAAAAUCGACACUGAAGUGUACAUACAUGGUUACUGCCAAAGAUUCUUGGCCUCGUAUCCCGAAAAACGUUAUUUCAAUGAAAGCCGUACCAUCGCCGGAUCAGUUAGCCGGCACCAGUCGUGCACACAUUAAUCCAUUAGAAAAAAUUCAAUGGUACGCUUUCGAACACAGCCCAUACUAUCAGGGAAUACAGAAUUUAUUUUUGCAAGCCGUUGAACGCACUGAUUCAGACUUCUUUAUUAGUUUGAUAAGGCGUUGUCCAUAUCACGUCGAUUCUUUAAUACAGCUAAGUGAAUUAUGUAAAAUGACAGAGAACUAUAGCUUAGCUGCUGAACUUAUUGAGCGCGCCGUACUUGUGCUGGAGUCCUCACUACAUCCAUGUUUCAGUUUGACAUCGGGCAAUUGUCGUCUUGAUUAUCGCCGCCAAGAAAAUCGUGCAUUCUUUAUUACAUUGUUUAAAUAUGCACAAUAUUUGGAAGCGCGUGCUUGUUGUCGCACCGCGUUUGAAAUAUCCAAAUUGAUAUUGAAUUUGAAUCCGAAAGUAGAUCCGCUCGCGAUCGUAUUGAUUAUCGACUACUAUGCUUUACGCAGCAAGCAGUAUGCCUGGCUUAUACAAUUCUACGAGGAAUAUGAUGCCGCACGCAACCUAUCACAGUUACCAAACAUGGCGUACUCAUAUGCUUUGGCAUUAUUUUGCCAAUCGGGAGACUGUGAAAAGUCUAAUAAAGCUUUGCAGUAUGCGCUGUUAAUGUUUCCCGGUGUGUUGCGUCUGCUUUUGGAUGAAUUAUCUGUGCAAACCGAUAUGCGUGUAAUAACAUCGUCUUACUUUAACUCGUCGAUAUCUGGCAGCCAAUCACCAUCACUGCAUCAGCUCGUAUCGUUAUACAUCUGUCGUGCCAAAGUGGUGUGGCGUCAGGAUAACAUGUUGCCUUGGUUGGAGCACAAUGUUAAUACAGUUUUGGAUCUUGUUGAUAAGAAAGAUGAAAUCAUUAACGAUUAUAAUAAGAAGCGUGCUGUGCGUUAUGUCUCGCCGCCACGUCCCAUCUUACGUCAUGUGAUACUAUCGGAUUAUAAGGAAAAAGUACCAUUAGCGCCAUUCCUUAGCGCGGAGAAGGAUCCGAUCAUGAUGUAUGAUCCCUUGCCACCAGUGGACUCAAUGAAUUGCUAUGAGCGAAAAUCAUCGUCGAGCAGCCCAACAACAGGCCCAAAUCGAUCGGUGCUCAUGUUUUUUGAAUCGCUGAUGCCAACAUUCAAUUUAAAUAAUCGUGGCGGUGAACAACAGCAACAACAACAACAAAAUGCUGUAGCAGCAGCAGUGCCCGAACGUGCGAAUGCUUUGCCCGCACCGCAAGUCAAUUUGGGUCAUGAUGACGAUGAAGUGGCGCAAGUGGAUCGCCAUCUCCAAGCAUUGAAUGCAAAUUUGGAAAAUGCCGCAGCUGAAGAACCUGUCGCCAACGCCGAGGGUGGCGCUUCGUAUCGUGAACUCACACAAUCGCUGACAAAUAUCGUUGAUGCCAUGCGUGAUUUUCUGCAAAAUUUCCGUAUUGUGGAGCCCAUGCAGACGGCCGAUGGCGAAGAAAACGGCAGUUCAGAAGAAGACACGAGCGAUUACUUUGAUUGAAUUGCUACUGCUGCGCUUUACUUCUUUUUUCCUUUCAUUUUCUUCUUUUCUGUUCAACUUCUUACUACAAUUCCACUUUAAUACAAUUCAAUUCUUCUAUUUAUCAACUUUACUU